UCUAAAGGUACGUCGGACGUACCCGAAUACCAAAAGCUAAAGGUACGUCCGACGUACCCGAAACCGUGAGUCUAAAGAUACUUCGGACGUACCAGAAUACUAAAAGCUAAAGGUACGUCCGACGUGCGCUUUCUCGCAAGUUUUCACUCAAGCGACUCAAGUUCCACCUGCCCGUCCGUCGUUUUCAAGCAGUUCGCACGACUGACCUCUUAGACGCGCGGAUCCGAGAAAAAAAAAGUUUUCGUCAACGAGUUUGUAGUUGGACGCGCAGACGUUGCACCGGUUACAUCAGACGUUGCACGGGUUGCACUUUCUCGCCUACUCAAGCUUGGUUUAUACCACGGAAAUGUUUAUUCCUCCGUGGUUUACACGCAGCUAUUAUAUCGCUUGAUUAGGAAAAAAAAAAAGUUUUCGCCAUCGGGUCGAUUUCGAUGCAAGUAGUACAAAUCAAUCCAUUCCAAUCCAGUUCUUGGAGUCCGUCCGAGUCUGUCAGGUGUUCUGUGAGUCUGUCUUAUCCAUAGUCUUAUCCGUCCUACUUGUGUGGCGCCAUUCUCCCGUCUCUUCAGUCAGCGUGUUACAGGUGUUCUGUGGUGACCGUUCCGCAGCACGUGCGGCGCCAGUCAAGUGUUCCCGUUCCGCAGCUCGUGUGAUGGCUGGCAGCAAAAUGAAAGUUGGGGACAAAUUUCCAACGUUCAGGGAACUGGAAGCUGCUGUGAAAGGAUACAGUGAAGAGAAGUUCGUGCAGUUUUACAAACGUGACUGUCGAACUGUCACAGCGGCGAAGACCAAAGUGAAGCGUUUUCUGAACGAACGACUUGGAAUGUAUCAGGUGGUUUACUGCUGUAUCAAGGGGGGCAAGUCUUUCAAGAGCCGCAGCAAGGGGGAAAGAGAUACCAGCACCUUUCAGGCUGGAUGUCCGGCGUUCGUGAAGUGCAGGGCCUCUGACGAUGGGAACUUCCUGGAGGUUAUUGAAAUGAAUGAGGACCACAACCAUGAGUUAUCGAAGUUACUCUACAGCCACCUGCCACAAACCAGAGCAUUAAGAGAACCAGGGGCCAAGGAGGAAGCCACACAGCUCUUGGCUUUGCAUGCCAACAAGAAGUUGGUUAAGAAAAGGAUAGAAGAAAAGACGGGGAAACUUGUCCUGCUCAAAGACUUGAGCAAUGCGGCCUCUUCCCUCAGACCACAGACAAGGAAUGACCUCAUUAAGACUGCAGCUCUUCUGCAAAAUGAGCAUGGUACAGACUACCACAUCCUUGCUGAUGGGGAAAACUUCCAAGGAAUUUUGCUGUCCAAUGAGUCUAUGCGGUCAAAUAUGGAUGCCUACCCAGAAUUCCUAGGAAUUGAUGCCACCUACAAGCUUCUAGAAAUACGAACACCAGUCUAUGUGAUGCACGUUGAAGACUCCAAUGGAGACACAGAGACAGUAUGUGUUGCAAUUCUUGUGAAUGAGUCUGCACCCACUAUCAAAUGGAUGUUGGAAAAGUUCAAGGAACUGCACCCAUCUUGGCCAAAAGUAAAGUGUGUCAUGGCAGACAAGGACCUUUUGGAGCGUGACCUUCUCAAAGAAAGCUUCCCGCAGUCGAAGGUGCUCAUCUGUGUGUUCCACACUUUAAAGACUUUUCGACGCGAGAUUGCCUGCAACAAGAUGAACAUCACUGCAGAGGAAAGGGACCAAGCCCUGGCACUGCUCCAGAAGAUGGUCCUGUCACGAUCGAGUGAAAAAUUUGAGGAGCUUCAACUGGAAUUUGACAAUAAUGUUUGCCAAGAGAUCCGCUCUUACUAUGACAAAAACUGGCGUCCCAUCAAGGAUGAGUGGUACACUGGACCCAAGUUUAUGUCUGAAAACUUUAACAACACUACCAACAACAGAAUUGAAAGUCUGAACGCAAAACUGAAAAGUGUUAUAAAAAAGAAUAGCUCCCUUGAAGAGUUUGUGUGCUCACUUUUCACAGUAUUGAACGCCUUGAGCGAUGAACGUGACCACAGAGCAUUGACAAGCAUAUCCAAAAGACCUUGCAAAGCACCUUCUAGCCCUGAAGAAGCUAUGUAUCAGGAAUCAUUGACUCCCUAUGCCUUUAAGCUUGUAAGGGAGCAGAUCUACCUGUCAGCCAAGCGAGUACCAAGUGACCAAAAAGCAGAUGUGUUCACAUUCGAGGCGUCGUCUGGCAACACGUCAACAACAAAAACUAACUGCAAUUGUUCCUUUUGGAACGCUAUGAGACUGCCAUGCCGGCAUGUGUUUGCAGUUAGGCGGACUCUGAACAUUAGUCUCUUUGAUGACAAACUUUUUCUAAAAAGGUGGUCCAAGGCAUAUUACUACUGUCAUCAGAGAGCCUUCCUUUCUCAAGAGAAGUGCACAACUGAACAUUCCAUUUCGGAGCAGGCUGCAAAACCUCGGAGGCCAAUGUCGCAGCAUGAGAAAUACAGGGAGGUAUUUCCUACAUGCAAGUACAUAGCUCAACUUGCUGCAGAAGAAACAGGUGAAAGAUACCAGGGCCGUCUAAAAGUUUUGUUGGCACUCUCUGAGGCAUGGGAGCAAGGGCGCGAAAUUGAAAUCGUGGAAGUGUUGCGUCAUGAAGCCUCAUCCCCUUCAUCACCAGAGCAAGUCAGACGCCAGCUGGAGCUGACUGUGUCCGUAGAAGAGAAUGCAGAGUCACCCAAAGCUGCAUCAGGUGAGGAUUGGGACACGUCUGAAACUGCAGAUCAGAAUAAUUCACAUGAUCAACCAGAUCUGCCUCAAGCACCUUUAAGCCAUACCGGGGCAGAACCACUUCAUACCACUCCUGAGAAAGAGCAGCGUGCCCAUAAUGCAGGUGCAUGCGAAACUCCUGAUGAAGUGAGAAAGGCACAGCCACGCGAGAAUACCUUGGCCCCUGCAAGCAGCGCCGGGCCUUCAGACUACAUGCGCGAACGCCUCGGAAAGCUGAAAGUGCCCGCUAAGGUGAAGUCACGAGGUCGACCCAAAGGGGCGGAGAAAACCGUUAUUGGGCUUCCACGACGGCGGCAGGGACCCCACAAAUCAGCAGCAACACUGCAGCCAUUUCGCGAUCUGCCUCCUCAGGAAAAGGAGCUCAGGAUCCUAAGUUGCUUAGUUCCUCAGGGCCUGCUAAGUGAGGUUCAGCAGGGGAAACUGCUACUCGGUGAGGACCAGGUGGAAACCAUACCUUCCAGGAUUCCAGAGACAAUCCUCGACGAGGAAGUUCACCUUGACUGUGUCCAGAAAUACUUCACUGAAGACGGCUGGACAGCUGUGCUGGCAACAGUCAAGGUGAAGAAGCAAACCAUAAAGUGGAAAUGCAACGAAUGUCGGGACCUGUUAGAAGAGGACCCUUCUGUGAUUUGUGACUUAUGUUUGUGUUGGUUCCACCAAAUCUGUACUUCACUGAGCAGCCGCAACAGGAAUAGUUCCUGGUUUUGUGCGAAGUGUGUAGCAGCAGCCCAAAUGUAAAGGAGCUGCUCCGUGAGUGGAACACAGCGAUGGGAAACCUGCUGCAAUUGCUCCUACGUGCUAUAUUUUGUUAAAGCUGGUCCAUACAUGCUACAAAUGAGCAAAAUUACUCCAACCUGCUACGUUUUGUGAAAGCUACUACAUUAAUGCUACAAAUGAGCAGAAUUGCUCCAAAGCUUCUACGCAAGCAGGGUUUGCUUCUACGCAAGCAGGGGAGCUCGCAAGCAGGGUUUGCUUAAGCACAACAAAAGAUGGCUGAGUGUAUGCCCCACUGGCAUGCUUAUAAAAAAUGGAAGAAAGCUUAGUGCUGUUUCAUGCGAGUGACAUUUACAUGUAUUGUGUGUCUGUGUAUUUGUUCCUAUUAUUCUUCAUACAAUUGUGAUCCUUUGAUUAAAGCUUGCAUUAGUUGUGCCUUCAGUGAA